CGGCGUGACGUGACCCGGGGACCCGAAUUGGAGUUGCAGCGGCCGCCGGCUUCAGUCUCAGCCAAGCGGGCUGACCUGGAGGAGUGGUUGGGAGGUACAACCCCCUUGCCCCUCUAGGCCUGAUCUCGCUCCUGGGCGUCCUCCUCACCCGGCAGCCGCUCCCAGCCUGCAGGGUCAGGGAGGGCAAGACCGCUGCUAGGGGAGAGGGCGAAGAAGGCAGGAGCGCGCGGCGCGCGGCGCGCAUGGCGAUGGCGGGCGCGCGGCGGCUCCCCGCUGGAACGCGCGCGGCGGCUCGGCGCUGCCGCUGUCUCCAGCCGGGCGCGCAGCCCGCCCCGCCCCCAGGCUCUCUAAGAGGGCUGCAGCCAAUGAGGCUCUUGCCUUCCUGCAGCCUCUUGCUGCCCAGAGCUGUCCAGGCCUUGGGGGCCGAGGCUGGCCUUUCCCACAGCCGUUCUUUUAUGGGCUUAGCUUCCCCAUUCACCAACAAGCGCAAGGCGUAUUCGGAACGCAGGAUUAUGGGGUACUCAAUGCAGGAGAUGUAUGAGGUGGUGUCCAAUGUCCAGGAGUACAGGGAAUUUGUGCCUUGGUGUAAGAAGUCCAUAGUGGUGUCCAGCCGAAAAGGUUACCUGAAGGCCCAGUUGGAGGUUGGCUUCCCACCUGUUGUGGAACGUUACACCUCGGCUGUCUCCAUGGUCAAACCUCAUAUGGUUAAGGCGGUCUGCACUGAUGGCAAACUCUUCAACCAUUUAGAGACCAUCUGGAGAUUCAGCCCUGGUCUUCCUGCCUACUCCCGAACUUGCACAGUAGACUUUUCGAUUUCCUUUGAGUUUCGAUCACUGCUCCACUCUCAGCUGGCCACCAUGUUCUUUGAUGAGGUUGUUAAACAAAAUGUUGCUGCCUUUGAACGUCGAGCCGCCACGAAGUUUGGGCCGGAGACGGCCAUCCCCCGUGAACUCAUGUUCCAUGAGGUGCACCAUACUUGAUAUCAGCCUUGUAACUUAUUUAUUUGGUUUGAUCCACAGCUCCACCCUCUGGGGCAAGUCUUGUUUAUGUCUACCUCCCUGCCCUAAUAGUUCUGGCUCUCCAGGAAGAGAGAACUUGGGAAUUUGGGGUGAGAAGAUACUGAGGGGUAAGGAAGAGUUGGCUAGCCUGACUCCAGGAACUGAACCUUAUAUGCCAAUGUCCCAAAAACUGGACUCACAAUUGCUGGGAUCAUCAAUUUUUUGAUUAUAUCUUGUUAGCUAGGACUUAUUCCCUAAAAUUUAUGGUUCCUCAGUGUCUCUGGAAGGAUAAAUAGAUCCAGACACUAUUCUCUCUGGUUAAGGAGCUAAGGGGAUGAGGCAGUCCUUAUUAUCUUGAUAAAGAAGACUUAUGAGGGAAAAGUAACUUCCAGUUUGGAAUCCAGGUAUCUGAGGUUCUACCUGAAGCCUGCUUUCCAAAAAUGUAAAUUCUUCCCCCAACCCCUGGCUGUAUAGAAUGUCAGUUCUUUUCCCCCUUCCAGGAUGGAGGGGAGGCUGUGAGUAAAGCUGCACUUACUUCUAAGCCUGACCUUUUCUUCCAUCUGGGCUGAGUGUUUUGAUGAAGAGCCAAUAAACCAAUUGUGUGAAUUUGGUUUUGUAAUGCUUCUUAGGUAAGGAAUACAGAGCAGGAAGAGAACGCCAUGGGGGAAAAAAGGUAGCUGUACAACAUCAUCCUUGGACACAGUGUCCCUGCUAACUAUAGUCCCACAUUCCCCUGGCUGAGGCUCACUAUCCAGGCUCUUCUUCACUAUUUAUAGCUUCUCUUCAGAAGGUCAAUUGUAGCAGGAACCUAGUGGGGGGAAGGAGUUGGGAGCUAGCAGCACAACUAAGAAAAGAUCCAGACCAGGAACAAGAGCCAUUACUUGUGUGUGUGUGUGUGUGUGUGUGUGUGUGUGUGUGUGUGUGUGAUGGCAUCUGGCAUUAUGACAAAGAAUCCUAAGGACACUUUCUUAGAAAAAGGUCUUAGAAAAUUCACCUUGAAACCCCACUGUGAACAGGAAGACCUGGGUUCCAGUACCAUUUCCAACACUACCUAGCUCUCCAAACCUCAGUUUGCUUAUCUAUAAAAGUGGUUAUGAUAAUAACCUCACAAGAGUUGGCUAAAAGAAGUUAACUUGAAGCACUACAGUAUUUGCCACCCAAGUUAAAACACUCUUGUGUACCAGAGGCCUCUUCCCUUCCCCCAUUCUCUGGCAAUGCAACAGAACUAUCAGCUCUCACUCCUAAGGCCAUUCAUUUAACUCCUUUCACUCAGUAAGCUGGAUGGUCAGGAAAGAAGUUGGUGGAAUUUCUGUUCAACAGAACUUCAUAGCCUCACUACAUAAGAUAACUAUAUCAGUUGAAAAAACAUGAAUUAUGGAUUCCUUUUCAAAAAACCCAUAGUGUCUUCUCCUUGAUAUCAAAGGAAGGAAACCCCCUGAAUCAGACAUCAAUAAGCCUUUACUUUUUACUUCUUACUUCUACGGUUUAUGACGCCGAGACCCAGCUUUGUUAAUAAAAACAUUUAUUUUGCGUUUAUACAGAACAACCUUAAGUCUGCAACAGGACUUUUGACAAUUACCCAGGGGUUCAUAGACAGUGUGUCCAUCUCAACAGCUUGGUUCUAGGGACAAGGGAUCCACACAAACACAGGCAAGAUUGGAGAGGUUGGAUGAAGGGGACACAGUGAGAGGAGUGUAUUUCAGUCCUUUCUGGAAGAGGCAGCAGAGCAUUCUGAAUCACUGAAAAACCUGUGCAAAUGGGGCUUUAAACAAUGAACCACAUGGGGGGGGAAUUUGGAGGGGACAAGAUUGGUUGGGGGAGUGAGCUGUGUGUGUGUGUGGUUAUUUAUAUUAAUGCCCUAAGCCCUGGGGUCUAAUACUAACAGGAUCAAAUCCAUUCAAGUAAUUUUCACU